GACUCAGACGUGAGUGUUGUUGGCCUCGCCGUUCGUACUUCAUAGAUCGUUGUAAUCAGCUGCGCUUGUCUCAGGGUGUCACACACUAUCGCCAUUCCUGCUACUCAAGAUUCCAUUGAUAGUACAGAACUGAAGUGAUGAACUGGUAGCUUUGUGGUUGCGGAUAUGUAGUUUGUUUGUUUUAUGCUAAUAGUUUGUCUGCUUUGUAGUGAGUCGAUAUCAUGGCUGUUGAAAGGUCUGGAAUCGCCAGAGAUGUUACAGAAUUGAUUGGGAAAACCCCAUUAGUAUAUCUAAAUAAACUUGCCGAUGGUUGUGUUGCCCGCGUUGCUGCCAAACUGGAGUUGAUGGAACCAUGCUCUAGUGUAAAAGACAGGAUUGGCUAUAGUAUGAUUGCUGAUGCAGAAGAAAAGGGGCUUAUUACACCUGGAAAGAGUGUCCUUAUUGAACCAACAAGUGGUAAUACUGGCAUUGGAUUAGCAUUCAUGGCAGCAGCCAAGGGUUACAAGCUCAAAAUUACAAUGCCUGCUUCUAUGAGUCUUGAACGAAGAACCAUUCUUUUAGCUUUUGGAGCUGAGUUGGUUCUGACAGACCCUGCAAAGGGAAUGAAAGGAGCUGUUCAGAAGGCUGAGGAGAUAUUGGCUAACACACCCAAUGCCUACAUGCUUCAGCAAUUUGAAAACCCUGCCAAUCCCAAGAUUCAUUAUGAAACCACUGGUCCAGAGAUAUGGAAAGGCUCGGAUGGGAAAGUUGAUGCACUCGUUUCUGGGAUAGGCACUGGUGGUACUAUAACUGGUGCUGGGAAAUAUCUUAAAGAGCAAAAUUCCAAUAUAAAGCUGUUUGGUGUGGAACCAGUUGAAAGUUCAGUGCUUUCUGGUGGAAAGCCUGGUCCACACAAGAUUCAAGGGAUUGGUGCUGGUUUUAUCCCUGGUGUCUUGGAUGUCAAUCUUGUUGAUGAAGUAAUUCAAAUAUCAAGUGACGAAGCAAUAGAAACUGCGAAGCUUCUUGCACUUAAAGAAGGCCUAUUUGUGGGAAUAUCUUCUGGAGCUGCAGCUGCUGCCGCCUUUAAGAUAGCAAAAAGACCAGAAAAUGCAGGGAAGCUUAUUGUUGUUGUUUUUCCAAGCUUUGGAGAGAGGUACCUGUCGUCUGUCCUAUUCGAGUCAAUCAGACGGGAAGCUGAAAGCAUGACUGUAACGCCCUGAAUGGGUUAAGGCUUUUUAAGUUAUUUCUUCGCCUUCUAAUUUGUCCUUUUUAAUUUUAACAGCCUUAGCUAUUGAUUCGCAGAAUACCAUUUGUGAUUAUUGAGAUUUGAGAAUAUGUUAAUGCAAACUUGGACCUGAAUCUAUUUAUAAAUG